AUGCAGGCCAAACACUAUGCUGCUGUCCCUCACAAUAUUCUCUGCACCUCUCUGCACCCCUCUGCACCAUCUACCCGCUUCUUCGUUCCUCUGCUCCCUUCUGCACCCCUCUACGUUCCUCUUCACUCACACAUCUGCACCUCUCUCCAUCCCUCUGCACUGCACCUUCUGCAUCCCUCUGCACCCCACCAGUCGCCCUUCAAGGGUCCCUUCCUGUGUCCCAGCCACACGCAGUGCCACAGCUGCGGCUCCAAAGUGCCGGGCAGUGGCACGUCCUCGCGCUGCUGCCUCAACUACAUGUUCUGUCACACUUCUCACUCUCCCAUCCUCCUCUCCCCUCCUCCUCCCCCCAUUCUCCCACCCCCCUCCCCUUCCCCAUCCCCCCAGGGGGUUUUUCGCUACAUGCUCUUUGACACCUUGCCCUUUUCCCCUAUCCCGUUUUGUUCCCUCCUGACCGCCUGUCCGCUCGUUCUUCCCACCGCCCGCAGGUGGUUCUUCAACUACAUGCUGUGUGACGCCUGUGGCCGCCUCUUCGUCAAGAAGAAGCACUGCCCCGUCUGCCUCAGGGGUAGGUCCACGUGGGGGAGGAAAGCACUGCUGGGGAGGGUGCAGCCCGGGUGGGGCAGCUGGGGUGGGGCAGCUGGGGUGGGGCAGCUGGGGUGGGGCAGCUGGGGUGGGGCAGCUGGGGUGGGGCAGCUGGGGUGGGGCAGCUGGGGUGGGGCAGCUGGGGUGGGGCAGCUGGGGUGGGGCAGCUGGGGUGGGGCAGCUGGGGUGGGGCAGCUGGGGUGGGGCAGCUGGGGUGGGGCAGCUGGGGUGGGGCAGCUGGGGGGUAGGGUAGGUGGAGUGGGGCAGCUGGGGUGGGUGCAGCUGGGGCGUGACUGA